UUUAAUAGUCGCGUUUAAAAGUACACAGUAUGAAUUCUUUAUAUUUUUAUACGAACUUUUUACGAGAAUUAACGAGAAUGUUGAUGUAUUAUAAUUACAAGUACAUACUCUUUUAUACGUUUUUACAUUACGUACUUGUUAAACUGAAAGUACUGGUCACCACAACAUUUAAUUGGAGAAUAUUACCUGACAAUGUUUUCAAGAGUUUAGUAAAACAAUCCUCUAACGAGGAGGACUAUUAUGUGGACUGUAAUUCUUGUUUAUUGGCAAAUGUACAGUGUUUCGAAGUAUCUGUACCAACCUGGUUCUACGUAUGUUCUAAAGUAUCUUUAAGAAAGUAUAAACUGUUAGUUAUACCUUUAAACGAAAGAAACGAUACAAACAAAGUGUUUGUAUCUGAAGUUCUUAGGCAUAACAUAGAGAAUGCAUUACGGUGCACUGUUGACAAUUGUUUUUUACUGCCAAUUAAACACGAUGACGUUAACUUUGCCGUAGAAGCUAAAGUUUCUAUGGUAUCGAAUCCAUACGAAAACACGAACGAUGUUGUAAUCGCUCUGUUAGAAAAUUAUUUUCACGAGCCGAGAUUUUUAAGGAAAAACGAUUUAUUUGGUAUCGACGUGAAAGAGCACAUAUCGGAUCAUGCGUAUUUACAUAGCAACUCUUUAAUGUCUGUGAUAUAUUUUAAAGUUAACGCUAUUAAAGGUGUAAAUAAGAAUUGUACGGUCGGCGAUAGUUUUUACAUUUUACACGGAGAGACGACGCUUAUUCAGGAAUCAAAUGUACAUAGUUAUCUACCUCGGAAACAUUCUUAUUGCGAUACAACUGAAAAGAUGUUGAUAGAACCAUGUCCACCAAGUUUUGCGGAACCUUUGAAACAUUUAGAACGCUGCAUCUUACCAUUCGUAAAGUGUGAUAUUCAAUUACCCAUAAAGCCAAUAUUUCUUGUUAAGGGUUCGAAGGGUUCGAAUAAAUGCAACUUGGUUCAAACUGUAUCCGUAAAGAUGGGUUUGAAUUUUCUUUGUACAGACUUUGCGGAAGUGCAAGCCUUAACAUCAGUACAAACGGAAGCUAAGCUUCGUAUUGUGUUACACAAUGCCAAACAAUCUGCACCGUGUAUACUUUGCUUAAACAAUAUAGAGAUAUUUGGAAAGAAUUCGGAUGGCCAAAAGGACGAAAGAAUUAUAUCGACAUUUUCGAACGAAAUAUCCACACUGUACGACAAACGUUUAAAAUAUCCAAUUAUUAUUGUAGCUACUACGAACGAGUCUGAUAUACCGCCAGAAUUAAACAGAAUGUUUAUCGAAACAAUUCAUACGGAGCAUCUGGAUCACGAUAAAAGAACAGCCUUAAUCACAUGGCUGCUCGCAAAAAGAAAUUUGCAUCACGAUGCAAACUUAUCAAAAGUAUCUGGAAUGUGUUCAGAUUUUAGAUUCUCGGACCUCAAUGCUCUGAUACAUCACGCGAUAAAAUUUCAGUGCAAAUGUUGCGAUAAAGAUUUAAAAUCGUUAACAUUAUUACAAGAAGAUUUCGAUAAAGCUUAUGAAUAUAUGCAAUCUAUAUAUACAGACUCUAAGGGUGCACCACGUGUACCAAAAGUUUAUUGGGAAGACAUAGGUGGUUUGGCAGACUUGAAACACGAAAUCAUGCGUCGGAUUCAGUUGCCUUUGUUGAACGCUCUAGGAUUCGGUCAGUCUGGGCUGCUUUUAUAUGGACCACCUGGUACUGGAAAGACGCUUCUGGCUAAAGCUGUUGCGACGGAGUAUCAACUCCACUUCUUGUCCAUCAAGGGCCCUGAAAUAUUAAAUAUGUAUGUUGGUCAAAGCGAGAAGAACGUCAGGCAAGUGUUCGAGAGAGCAAGAGCCUCUGCUCCGUGCAUAAUAUUCUUCGACGAGCUGGACUCGUUGGCUCCAAAUCGUGGACGCAGCGGCGACAGCGGAGGAGUGAUGGAUCGUGUCGUAUCACAGUUGCUCGCUGAAAUGGAUGGUCUGGAUUGUUCCAGCAACAUCUUCAUCAUAGGCGCUACGAACAGGCCGGACCUCAUCGAUCGUGCUCUUCUCAGACCCGGUCGUUUUGACAAACUAUUGUACGUGGGAAUUCACUCCGAUCGUGACUCGCAACUUAGAGUACUGGAAGCGUUGACUCGUAAGUUCCAACUGCGCGAGAACGGGGAAGAAUUAUCGAAAUUGAUACAGGAGUUACCAGAUCACACAACCGGUGCUGAUCUAUACUCCGUCUGCUCCAACGCGUGGUUGAACGCUGCUCGUAGAGUUCUGAGCAAACACGAUCAAAUUGCUAUAUCCGAUCAAUCGGAGUCAAAUAACUCCAUCACCGUGGGAUCGGAGGAUUUCUCAAAAGCUGCCCGCGAGUUAAUUCCCUCUGUCAGCGAGGAAGAAGCUGAAAGAUACAGAAAAAUGCAGACGGAAUUGUCAUCGAUAUCGUAGCUUUGAACAUUUUAUCCGGUCAACGGUGUUUCUAUGAAAAUAUUAAGUCGAACGUCUUUUGAUCUUACAAACGACGUGUUGAUUUAUUUCGGGAAAUAUGUAAAACAAUUUUUACAACGAAUAGUUAAAUCAUGGAGGGUAUUUACGUUUCUACCCCUAGAUAUUGCACCGAGACGGUUACUCUUAUGCGCUAGUGUGCGGAUAAAGAACGAUAGCAGUGCCGAGACGUGUUCUCGAUGUCAUGGUCCUUGAUACAUGACAAUAUACAUCGAUCUGAAAUAUACAAUGUAGAAAAAUAGGACAGCUGAGUUCACCGAGUAAUACCUAUGCCAGACAUCAAAUUAAACGAAGGUUCAAGGUUUCCGUUAGUGGGUGCGAUAUUGCAAUUAGACAAUUAUUUCCAUGGAAAUUCAUAGUCGUUAAAAUAAAUAAAUGUUUAUUCCCUCCGAUAGUGGUGAUUCUGUAAGUUCAAACAACAAAUUGUACUUACAGUUUUCAUAUCUUACAAUCGCAACCCUGUGACUCCGUGCUCUGAUUCUGCAUACAGGGUGUUCGAUUAACCGUGGGAAAAAUUUUAACGGGGGUGUUCUAGAGGCCAAAAUAAGACGAAAAU